AGUUAUCAUCCGCGUGUCACGACAGUGGUUUUGCUCAGAACAUUCACUUCGGAGCCGAGAUGUACUUGAAUCUUUGUUCAAUCAGUCGCUAAUACCUUGGACUCAGUCUCGACAUGUCUUGAGCCCAACUCUCUACACAAACCUUCCCGUCCCCCGACUGUCAACAUGGCAGCAACAGUAGCCAGAAAUGGCACGGCCAGCAAUUCAAACGGCCUGACAAGCGGCGUCACUCCUGCUUCACGCUUUGCCGACAUCCCAGCGGCCAUAGACAUUCCUGUUUCCGGCGGCCUUGAUGCAGAUGAGGCGGUCGAAGUAAACCUCGAAGAUCACCUGGAUGACCCUACCGAAUUGUGCCAAUUAUUGGAGAAUGAGAAGGCAGCCAAAAACCUAUGGAUCACAAUCGCUUUGGCCUAUGCGAAGCAGACACAGAUCGACCAUGCAAUUGAAAUCUUGGGCAAGGGUCUUGGGUCGCUUGCACGAAGUGGCCCAAAAGAACGAUUGAGUCUGCUCGCAUGCGUGGCAUGGCUGAACCUACUCAAGAGUCGACAAGCGCCUCGUGUACUGUCCGACACUCAUGCCAAUAGCGAUGCGAAGACGAAAGAUCACUACCUCAGAGAAGCCACCACGACCAUCAACGAUGCUUUGCGAAUUAACCCGGCAUUCCCUCCCCUUUACCUCACCCGGGGUGUCCUCUUCCUCCUUCGAGCCUCCUUGCAGUCGUCGACAAAAACCAGUGCUGAUGCAGAAAGAGCCGAGUCUCUUAAACAAGCCUUGAAGUGUUUCGAUGAUGCGCUCAGAUCGUCAGAUGGACGUAACAUGAUGGCUGCCGUGGGAAAAGCUAGGGCAUUAUAUCUUCAAAGACAAUUUGCGCCCGCUCUGCAAACAUAUCAAGACGUAUUAUCCAAGAUGCCCGGCCUGACAGACCCGGAUCCGCGCAUAGGCAUCGGCUGUUGUCUGUGGCAGUUGGGAUUUCCUGAGCGUGCCAAAACCGCAUGGGAAAGAUCGCUCGCGUUGAAUUCAGAGUCUAAGGUUGCCCACGCACUGCUAGGAAUUUACUACUUGCAUGAGAGCGCCAAAUACCCUGCAUCGGAUCCUCAGUUUAACGCCCUCUACAAGAAAGCAAUGAUUGACCACACAAAAAAGGCCUACACGAUCGACAAGAACUUCCCACUCAGCUGCGCAACCUUUGCCAGCUAUUUCUUGCUAACAGGCCGGUACGACACAGCGGAACCGCUUGCACGAAAAGCCAUCGAGCAGACAGACAUUAACGCGAUUGCUAGUGAUGGAUGGUACCUGCUAGCCCGGAAGGAACAUAACAAAGGCGAUCUGGCAAAGGCAAAUGAUUGCUACACCAGAGCAGAUCAGGCACGAGGCGGUCUGGACAGAGGCUACUUCCCCGCCAAGUUCGGUCUCAUUCAGAUAAUGAUUCAAAGCCAGGAUAUCCAAGGUGCCAAAUUUCGCCUUGAGUCGCUGGGUCAACUGAAUCGUCAUGUCGAAGCCAUGACAUUACUUGGUUGCAUCUGUGCCGAAGAAGCCUUCUCGACGCAGACUGCGGUCACGAAAGAGGACAAAGCGGCCUCGGCACGAAAAGCUAUCUCGUUACUGGAGAAUGUGCGGAAGACAUGGAAGGACGAGAAAUCCCGCGUGAAGCCUGAUGAGUCUGUCCUGCUUUAUCUUGCACGUCUGUAUGAGCAAGAAAGCCCCAUCGAGAGUCUGAAAUGUCUUCAACAGGUUGAGGUGAUGCAACUCGAGAAGAUUCCUGAUGAGGAUCGUCCGGAUCCAAAUGAAGAUGAAGCGACCUACGUUGCACAACUGCGCGAGAAUCUGCCUCCUCAACUUUUGAACAAUAUGGCUUGCUUUUUGUAUGGGCAGGAGUCGUAUGCUCUUGCUCGAGAGACGUUCCAGAUUGCUCUUAAUGCAUGUGUGAAGCUGACAGAGAAGCAAGAGGCAGAGAAGAACGCCGUGGAAGGAGAAAAGAUUGGUUCCGAAGACGUCGACAACAGCGACACAGACGCUCUUGUCACGACUAUCUCUUACAAUCUUGCCCGCACCUACGAGGCAUUAGGUUUGACGGCUGAAGCACAGAAGGUCUACGAAGGUCUGCUUGCCAGGCAUGCAGACUACACUGAUGCUUCUGCGCGAUUGGCUUACAUUGCUCUGGAAACGUCUCCACGUGAUGAAGGCCCACGCAAAAUCCAUGCCGUGUAUCAGAGUGACUACGGCAACACCGAAGUCAGGGCGUUGAUGGGCUGGUACCAUCAUAGCGCCAAAAAGAAGACCAGCAACCUCGCCGAAGAUGCCGAGAAUCGGCAUUACAAGCAUACCUUGCAAGGAUAUGACAAACACGAUCUCUAUUCACUUACCGGCAUGGGCAAUGUCCACCUCACUCUUGCUCGAGACAUGCCCCGUAAUACAGAGCAGGAAAAGGAGAAGCGAAGCAAGAUGUACGCAAAAGCCUACGAAUUCUUCGACAAGGCUUUGCAAUUGGAUCCCAAGAACGCCUUUGCGGCCCAAGGUAUUGCCAUUGCAUUGUGCGACGACAAGAAGGCCUACUCGGAUGCGCUUCAGAUCUUCACCAAAGUCAAAGACACACUCCGUGAUGCUUCUGUGAAUAUCAAUCUUGGACACGUCCUGACAGAACUACGCCAGUUCCAGCGAGGUAUUGACAACUACGAGAUCGCGUUGAGGAAGGAGGCAAAGGGCGAAAAUGCUCAGUUACUUGCAUGUCUGUCGAGAGUGUGGUUGUUGAAAGGCAAGGCUGACCGGUCCAUUACCGCUCUGAACGCUGCUCUCGACUAUAUGAAACGAGCAUUGGCCACUCAGCCGGACUCACCCCACUUGCAGUUCAAUGUCGCCUUUAUUCAAUUCCAGAUAGCGCAGCAUGUCAACCAAGCGAAAGAGAGCGAUCGUACCUUGGCCGACGUAGAUGCUGCUAUUGCUGGACUUGAGGAAGCUAUUGAGACUUUUGAGCAAGUGGCUCGCCAUAAGCAACCCCCAUAUCCUCGCACCGCCCUCGAGCAGCGUGCGGCAAUGGGUAAGAAUACAAUGAGGAAUCAGCUUGAACGACAACGUACGAAGCAAGCAGCCUAUGAGAACGAGAAUGCCACGAAACUGCAGGAAGCUAUUGAAAAACGUCAAGAGGAACUCCGGAGGCGCGAAGAAGCCUCCAGACGGCGUAAACAAGAGGAAGAAGAACGUGCGAGGAAGAUCGCAGAAGAGCGGAGAAAGAUUGUCGAGGAGACUGAAAGACUUGCAGACCAGCUUCGUGCUGAAGCGGCUGCCAGAGAAGCUGCAGAAUACACCGACGACGAGGAGACCGGAGAACGCGUAAAGAGAAAAGCAAAGAAGAGUGGGGCGAAGCGGAAGAAGAGGGACGAUGAAGACGGGUUUAUCGAUAAUGACGGGGACCUAUCUGACGGCAGAAGUGAGAAAAGCGUGUCAAGAACGCCUAUCAGUGGGUCGGAUAAUGAGGCCGAAGCCGAGAAGCCCAAAAAGAAGAGAAGAAAGCUGGAGAGGAAAGGCAAAGCGAGGGAGCCACGGAAGAAUGACAAGUACAAGUCUGCUGCUGUUGUGGUUGAUUCGGAUUCAGAAUUGGAAGAUGAGCCUGAGGCUGUGGCAACUCCUGAGGCAGGUGCUGAGACUCCUGAUUCUCCCGUUGCAGAUCAAGAUGAGGAGAUGGUCGACACUCGUGGUGAGGACGAAGAUGAAGUACGACCUCAGCCGACCAGAAAGCGAAAACAACUUCGGACUAUUGCUGAUGAUGAAGACGAAGACGAAGAUGAGGAGGCGAUCAAUGGCAAUGUUGAAGCUUCCAGGCCAUCCGAAGCUGCUCCAGAUGUGGAUGAUGACGAAGAGUGAUCGGAAGCCUCAGAUCCAAUACUGGGUGGCAGGGUGGUAGCUGGCUAGGAAUGAAAGGGGGCUCCGCCACAGUAUAGAGCCGGCGCGUUGAUUGAGCUUCUUGCAAAGUGUAGUUAUAGCUUACCUCCAUUUUGCGAUUGUGUAACAAAAAGCUUCAUAUACAUGCAAUAUCCACAGAGCAUAUCGUAGGAAUGAGGAAGGCAGAUAAGACUCACAAAUGACAUUCGGGAGAUGGUUCGAGUAGGG